CCGACGACAACAAUCGCGUACAACAUUAACGUACGCUCUAUUGCUGAUAGUGUGCACCGAAUUAACAGUAUCCCACUGUUGCUACGUCUUCCCGAAAGAAAUCAAAGAUCCCUGCGAGAAGCUGAAUUGCUCGCAAGGCUCGCAAUGUGUGCGAAGCAGGGACGGCAAGGAGGCGACCUGCCAAUGCUUGGAAUCCUGCCCAAAUUUAGGGGAUCACGAGGGAUCGGGACCUGUCUGCGGCACGGACGGGAUCGACUAUCCGACGCUGUGCGACCUAAAUCGAGCUGCUUGUGAGAAAGGUGCUAACAUCACCGUGGCAUUUCGUGGCAAAUGUGAUCCAUGCGGAGGCAUCGAGUGCUCAAAACCAGAAGUCUGUCAGCUGGAUAGUUCGAGGCAACCAGUCUGUCGCUGCGGGGAACAAUGUGGCCUGGAACUUUCGCCGGUUUGCGGAAGCGAUGGCAAAACAUAUUCGAACGAAUGCAACCUUCGACAGGAAGCCUGUCGCUCGAGAUUACCGCUCAAGAAAAUCUACAACGGUGCAUGCAGUUCCGGACAAAAUCCCUGCGAAGCAGCAAAAUGCAACUUCUACGAGCAAUGCACGAUCAAUCGGCAGGGGAUCGCUAAUUGCGAGUGUCGUCCCGACUGCGAGCCGAUAAUGAGGCCCGUGUGCGCCCGCGGCGGAACAACCUACACGUCCAUGUGCGAGCUAAAGAGGCAGGCGUGUCUGACGAGGAACAACAUCGAGGUCGCCUACGUCGGCACAUGCGGCUCCAGAGGACCCUGCUCCGAGAAGAUGUGUCAAUGGGGCGCAAUUUGCGCGGAGAUCGCCGGCAAUGCUGUGUGCGAAUGUCCGACUUGUCCGGCAGAAUUUCAACCUGUAUGCGGCGAUGAUGGCAUCAGCUACAGCAACGAGUGCAAACUUCGCUUGGAGGCAUGUCAGCAUCGACGGGAGAUACGCGUUUUGUAUCAAGGAUUAUGCAAUGGCUGCGAGAAUAAGAAGUGCGAAUUCUACAGCGAGUGCGAAAGCGAUAACGGCGGAGAAGCCAAAUGCGUCUGUCCUUCAAAGUGCGAAACUGCGGUGAAGGACCCACCGGAGGCGGCAAAAGUUUGCGGCUCUGAUGAUGUAACGUACGAUAACGAAUGCUCAUUGAAAAGGGCGUCAUGCAUGAACCAAGUCCUCGUCAACAUUAGCUACGUGGGUGCUUGCGAAUUGUGCGAUCGCGACAGGGUGACAUGCGACCACGGGGCGCAUUGUGUGGCGGGUGUAUGCGUGUGUCCGAAGGUCUGUCCGGAAAGCAGCGGCGAGCUUGUUUGCGGUAGCGACCUUAAAACUUACCGGUCCGAGUGCGAACUGCAGCAGGCGGCCUGCGGCAGGGACCCCAAGUUGUCGGCGUUGCACGUCAUAUUUUAUGGAGACUGUUCCGAGAGAUUGGCCGCAGCAGCAUUGACGACCAAGUCGACGCCCGCGGUGACUCGCGUGGUCACCACCAUCGCCGACGUGACUAGCACGCAGGAACGGGAGGCAUGCAAGGACAUACACUGCGACUUCGAGGCGACUUGCGAGCUCGGCCCGGACAAGUUUCCCAGAUGUAGCUGCAGAUUCGAUUGCGCCUCCAUUUCACCGGAGAAUAUGCGGCCCGUCUGCGGCAGCGACCUCAGAAUUUACUCAUCCCUCUGCGCCAUGAAAAUGGAGGCUUGCCAGAGGCAACAGGAACUCAGAUUGCGACCUCUCGAUCUCUGCCAAGGCAUGGAAGUCAAACCUUGCAACGGCGAUCCUCCGUUAGUGGACUCCGAAGGUAAAGAGUACGACUGUGGUAGUGGACCAGAACGCAAAGACUGCCCUAGCAAUAGCUAUUGCCAUCAAACGACGCGAUUCGCUCGUUGUUGCAAGAAAGUUCACGGUAUCCAGAUGGUAAAAUGCGCGGACUCAUGGCACGGCUGUUGUCCGGACGGGAAAACCGCCGCACUCGGCCCGGACGGUGCGGGUUGCCCGAGUUUAUGUGGUUGCAACCGACUCGGCAGCGUGUCCGACACCUGCAACCCAGAAACCGGUCAAUGCGAGUGUAAGCCUGGUGUGGGUGGUCUCAAGUGCGAUAGAUGUAUGCCGGGUUACUGGGGACUGCCGAAGAUAAGCGAGGGUUAUCAAGGAUGCAUACCAUGCGGCUGCUCGCUAUUCGGUUCCGUAAGAGAGGACUGCGAACAGAUGACAGGACGUUGCGUUUGUAAGCCUGACAUCCAGGGACAAAAAUGCACAAUCUGCAACGAUCACAACAAGAUACUCACGACUACCGGCUGUUACUCAGCGGACAUGAUACCGCCCGUACCAACGAGCUGCAACGAGCUGGAGUGCUAUUCGGGCGGCCACUGCACGGAGAUCGGCGGCGUACAUUGCGUAUGUCCGUCUGCCUGCCCGGCGGAUGUACCGUCCGUGCCGGUAUGCGGUAGUGACGGGCAGACCUACGACAACGAGUGCGAGCUGCGGCUCUACGCGUGCGGCCACCAGGCCGACGUGGUCACGCAGGCCUUUGGCCAUUGCAGAGACGAUACUAUGGUUAAUACGGACUUCCCCGUUAAGAGAUACACAGCUGUACAGUACACUCAACCAGCGGCCGCCAUUUCUCCAUUGUCCAAAUCCACGCGGCAUCUUUUGGUACCAGAGCCGGACCCACGAUAUUAUUACACCCAUCGAGCUCAUCAAGAAACCAUCACCAUCGACAGAGAUAAUUUAAAACAUGGAGUGGCCGCAGUGUAUCGACCGACACCAGCAACGAUUCGAGUAGUCACCGCUCUAUUGGGUGAUCUCUGCAACGACGACAAGGAUUGCACUAUACCGAACAGCGAAUGCUCAAAGGGCGGCUGUAUCUGUUCCGAGGGCUACGCGGAAACUAGCGAUCGGCAAGAGUGCUUCGCUAAUUACGUUCCGGUGACACCGACCCAGGAAUUUCGCGCGUGUCUUUCUUAUCCCUGUCACAUGACUUCGACCUGCAUCGAUUUGCCCAGCGCAACUUUCGUUUGUAUAUGUCGACCAAAUUACACCGGGCUGCUUUGUGACGAGGAGAUCAACAAGCGGGAUUAUGAGAUACCUUCCUUUGAUGGCAAAAGCUACGUAAGGAUGAACCGGCUGAAAGCGUAUCACAAAUUCAGCAUCGAGGUCGAGUUCAAAACGUACGCGGACAACGGAAUCAUACUGUAUAAUCAACAGAAAAAUGAUGGCUCCGGCGACUUUGUCUCAUUGGCCAUUGUCGAUGGAUACGUGCAGUUUAGAUAUAACUUGGGCAACGGACCCGUGGUACUCACGUCACCGGAAAGUAUGAAGACUUUCCACAGAGUGGCGGCCAAAAGAUAUCACAAAGACGGAGUAUUAAUUUUCAAUGACGGCGAAGACGUGGCCGGACAAAGUCAGGGAAUGCUGAAGUCUUUGGACUUGAAUCAGGAUACUUUCAUCGGAAACAUGCCGACUAAUUAUACCAAGGUCUAUGACAACAUCGGCACCAACCAUGGACUCCUCGGCUGCAUACGCAAGCUGAAAAUCAAUCGGAACAACAUAGAUCUGCACGUGGGUCACGAUAGGGACGUUCUCGAGAGUUAUCGCGUAAAGGAAUGCGGCGACAAUGCGUGCGCUAAUCUGCCUUGUCAAAACGGCGCGACAUGCCAACCGAUCUUCGAAGAAGACCUAUGUAACGGCCGGGAUUGCAGGAGAUUACAGAAGAGAGGUAAAAACAAGAACAACAGAGGUGGCAACGGCAAAAACGGCGGGGUGAACAUAGUCAGAUGCAAGGGUUCUCACUGCACGUCGAUUGAUCAGAGAAGGACCAAGAAGAAUGCGAGAAGAGGCGAAUACAUUUCCGAGCUGCAGUACGACAAAAAUUACGACCACGGCAAUUAUGCGGUGGAAAAGUACGAUCCACCGGACUACAAGUGUAUAUGUCCACCGCAGUUCACCGGCAGAAACUGCGAGGAAUCGCUGGACCCGUGCGUCGGCGAACCCUGCCAAAACGGUGCCACUUGCGACAUCCUGCCGCAAGGAGGAUAUGUGUGCAAGUGUCCGCCUGGUAGAACUGGCGAGCACUGCGAGAUCCUAGACGCCGAAUUGACGGAAUUGUUGAUUCCCGAGAUGAACGGGAAUGGAUAUUUGGAGUUGCCCUCUUUGGAAGGCGUCGCGAAAGCGUUCUCCAUUGAGUUAUGGUUUCUCACGCGCGCAAAUGACGGCCUACUACUGUACAACGGUCAGCUGAAUAAUGGCAGGGGCGACUUUAUCAGUCUGAAUUUGGUUCACAGCCGAUUGGAGUUCAGAUUCAAUCUCGGUAGUGGUAUCGCGAACAUUACUUCACCGGAUCCGGUUAGUCGGGAUAUGUGGCACUGCGUGAGGAUUAACAGACUCGGCAGAGAGGGUGUUCUUCAGCUUGACGACGGAACCGUCGCCAGGGGAUUGUCUGGAAGUCCUCUUACGGAAUUGAAUCUAGAAAUGCCGCUUUAUGUUGGUGGCGUCAAACAUUGGCGAGAAGUUCACCGCCUGUCCGGAGCCUGGACCGGAUUAGUAGGUGCCGUACAGAGACUAAUGGUAAAUGGCAAAACAUAUCAGAACCUCGCCGUGAAUGUUACUCAACACAACACGGAGAUUUACGACGGUCUACCGUGUCCCGGCAACGAGAACCCUUGCCACAACGGCGGAGUCUGCCUUCCCUUAUUGAAUAGUUAUCUCUGUAAAUGCGCUAGCGGUUACAACGGCUUGCAUUGCGAAUUCUUUAUGGGCUACGAUGUGUCCGGCACCGAGAUAUCGGAGCGACCUGUACGCUUCGAGGGUGAUAACUUCCUACAAUUUAAACAUCGCUACGGAAGAAGUACUAACUCGACUAACACUACCCUCGGCGAGUACUUUGAGGAGUCCUACUCCGACUACGACUUGGAGGAGGACGACGACUACGAGUACGACAAUUACGAUUACACGGAACGCAGAGGACAGCAAUCGAACAAAUUUGAGCUGCGGCUAAGGACGGUACAUCCUGACGGUCUUAUCGCGUGGGUGGGAAGAGGAAAAUUGGAGCAUCUCUUUUUGUCUCUGCAUGAUGGUCACGUGGUGCUUACUUAUAAGAGUAAGAUUGAUGAAGAAAUAUCCGUAAAGAGUAAGGAGAGAGUGGACGACGGAGUCUUCCAUCACAUCCGAGCGUCCAGACGACGAAAAGCGUGUACGAUUCAGAUCGACGAGAAUAUGCCUGUCAAAGUCUCGAUGGAAACAACGUUACUGACAACCAACGGCAAGGUUUUCGUCGGCGGCAAGCCCGGCCAUCGCGGUAUCAAGGGCUGUGUAACGGACUUCAUCGUCGACAAACGGCGGCUACAACUCGCUAGACGAAAGAUCGACUUCUGCCACGACAACGACGUAUGAUAACGAACCCCGAGUCCGACGAUCGUCAAUGCGACGUCGAUAUCAGAGAAUCUCGUCAACCCGAUGACAUCGCCAUCGUCGACGAGUUGAUCGCGCGAUGUGAAUGCGAGCGUAAAUCGCACGCGGCGGACCAAGAUCGACGAUCGCCUAAAUAUCAACAACGACAAAUACGAUAACGUAUCCUGACGAUCGUCAACGCCAUCCCACGCCGUUGGAGACUCGGCGGGCGUCUCUGGUGUUCCCAGAACUAAUAGACUACGAAGUGCAACGAAGAUUCGCCGUCGAGACAAAGUGUGAAACAAUCAUGUCCAAUCCGAUCGAGCGGCGUGUUGAUUCCUGCCAAAGUUGUGCGAAGAAGUGGUCCUCGUUCAUGCGUAUCGCACCAGGUCCUUGACACAACGUGCGUCUCUCAGGGAAAAGCAAAGCCGCAUUCCGGUACAACAUUCCCGAAA